AUGGACUUUAUUACUCCCAAGGUCAACGUGACCGCGGCACAGCAGGAUGGCUUGCUGGACUUUCAGUCGCCGUUCACGAUCGGGUUGAGUGCCUUGGUAGCAUUUGUUUUCAGUUUUCUCAUCUAUGUAUCGUCCUCGCCCAGGAUCCAUCCUAAGGCGCCGGCGUUUACCUCUGAUAUGACCACAUUCCUCGGGGCGACAGGCUUCACAACCCGACCAUGGUCCUUCUGGGUGAACUCGUUCAAGGAGUCCAAGACAGGACACUUCAGCUUUUGGCUCGGCAGGCGCCAUAUUGUUGGCAUCACCGGCCACGCCGCCCGGAAAAUGUUCUACGACCACCCUGCUCUGGACUUUGUCAGCGGAGCCAUUAUCUUGCCGUUCGGAAUCCACUUUUGGCCCCCCAUCCACGACAUCUUCAAGCCCGGCUUCCACGGCGGCCGGAGCAACACCUUUUUCUUGCGGCGCAUGGUGGACAUGAUGAAGACGGAGCCGCUCGCCAAGAAGCUCCCCGACCUGGUUCGCGACGCCCGGGAGGGCUCCGAGGUCCUGAUGGUGGACAACUCGAAGGCCGUCAUCCAGCCGCCCGAGAUCUGGCGUACCGUGUUCAAACAAAACGUCCGCCUGCUCUUUUCCAACCAGGUUGCGGACGACGCACAGCGGUUUCGCAGGGCUGUGUCCAACGUCGAUACGCUCCUGCAUACCGUCAGCCACUGGAACGUGCUCUUCUCCUGGCUGCCGGCCCCCUCAUACAUCCGGCGGCGGCUUGCACGUCGGGAGCUGGUGAAUCUAGCGACCGAGGUUGUCGAUGAGCGGCUCAAGAGGACCAACUGCCGUGCAGACGAUCCGGUACAGGAGCUCAUCGAUAACGGCGACAAGCGGGAGCACAUCAUCGAGUUCUUCGCUAGUGUGAUGUUCAUUUCCACGACCAACGCCCACGUCAUCGCCGGGCAGCUGCUGAACAUCAUGGCCAUUCACCCGGAGUGGCAAGAGAAGGUGUACAAGGAAAUCAAGGCUGUAGGCGAUGCCCACUCGCACAACCGUGAUGAGCCCCUCGUGGAUAAGCUCGCCAAAAUCCCGCUCGAAAUCUGGGAGUCGACCGUGUCGUUCCCGACGUUCGACCUGGUGCUCAAGGAGACGAUCCGCAUGUGGACCUCCUUCGGCGUCACCCGGCUGAACACCUCGUCGGACCCGAUCCCUAUCCCAGGGUCCGAUCAAGUGAUUCCCGGCAACACCUUUGUCAUCUACAACUCCUCCGAAGUCAACUUCAGCGAGGAGCUGUACCCCAACCCCACUACGUUCGACCCGGAGCGCUUCACCGAAGGGCGUGAGGAGUUCCGCAAGCAACCCUAUGGCUUCCUCGGCUGGGGCCAAGGCAAGCACCCGUGCGCGGGCAUCCGCUGGGCCAAGCUGCAGCAGAUCACCAUCGUGGCCCACGCCCUAGCCCUGUACAAGUGGAGCUGCUGCGACGAGAACGGCGGCCCCGACCCGUAUGCUAAGCAUCGCAGGGAGCUAGACUCGAGCAAGUUCUUUGUUUUGCCGCCUAUGUAUGCUAAGUUGGAGCCGAGGGAUGAGAGUUAUUACAAAUAG